AUGGGCCAGCGCCAGUUGCUGUUAGCCCAGGGCUGGGGUAUGGCGCCCAUCUUCGUCGGCCAGCAAACUGCGGGGCCGGGCUCCCACAAUGCAGUGGGGCCGCAAGGCAGCAAUGACGGUUCGCUGGCCGCCGAGCUCGCGAGCAAAGAGGGCUUCCCUCCGCAGUCGUACAUUUUUCUCGACUGGGAAGACGGCAGCAGCCCGAGCCAAGACGCCCAAGCCUAUGUCAGCGCCUGGGCCACUGCAGUGACCGAAAGCGGCUACAAGCCUGGCAUCUAUUGCUCGCAUCAACUGGCGCCCGGCAUGGCGACGCUGAUCGGCCAACUCAAUCCGACGCCCGCGUUGCGCAUCUGGGCCUGGAAGGUCGCCACCGUAGCCGUACACCGAACAUCCAUGAAAAAGCCUGUUGUCAGCGUAUUUCUCGGCAUCAGCAUCGACGGCUGCAUCGCCGGAGAAAACGGCGACCUGUCCUGGCUGGCCGAGCUGGCGCCCGACUCGCCCGACGCCACCGGCUACACGGCCUUGAUGGAGCAGGUCGAUACCUUGCUGAUCGGCCGCACCACGUAUGACGCCGUGCUGGGAUUCGAGCCGUGGCCGUAUGCGGGCAAGCGCGUGGUGGUAUUGAGCCACCGCGACUUCGCGCCGCGCCAUGGCGAGCAGCGCCGCGAGGGCAGCGUGCGUGAAGUACUGGAGGGGCUGGCCGAAGACGGCUGCCGCCACGUGUAUCUCGACGGCGGCGCCGUCAUCCGCGCCGGCUUGCGCGAGGGCGUCGUCGACAGCCUGACCUUGUCCGUGCUGCCCGUG